UGCGCCCUGGGCGGCCGCCCACAUUGCCCAUAGCUAGGACCGGCCCUGUAUGUAGGUCACUUAGGUUUUCUGGGCUUACUGGUAACAUGGUGGCCCCGACACAUCUUCCUGUUGCUUCAUUUGAACUGUAGUUCAUGUGCUGUUAUUGCCAUGGUUUUAUUGUUUGCUUCUUUCUUUUAACAUAUUGCCUUUGUAGAGCAUUGUGUGACCUUGCUGUAUGAACGACGAACAGAAAUAUCAGCAACCGGAAGGGAUUACACCAUGUCCUGUUCCACAUAGUACGUUUCCAUUUCCGCAUCAUUUUAACUGCAAAUCACCAAAACAUUGAAUUUUCAAUGUGCAGUCACUUUUGAUUUACUACAGAAAAUCUCUGCCACAAUCCAAACAACGUCCUGAAAGACAGAUCAUAUCACGGAUGCACUGUGUAAUGCAUCAUACAGCAUAACGUUUACAUGCUCAUAUGCGGAGUAAUGCAUUGAAAUAUGAUCUAAAGACUAAUUGUUGCGUCACACAGAAACACUGUUUCUUCGAGUGUGUCUGCGUAGCGUAACACCACAUGACUACUGGGAAUAUAAAGGAUAUAAACGGUGCAUCAUAAGAUAAAGGGCAAACAAAGCAGAGCUUGUUGUUCCAUUAAGUGGAACAGGUGGGACGACAGUAAGGUGGAGGUGAACAGUGUGAUUUGCUUGUGACUUCUGUGUCAUAAGGACAAUGCAAACCGCCUGGUUUGGUUCAUUUCUCCCCACAGAUUGUGUUUGAGUGUUUCGGCAUCAAGUCAGGUUUGCUGAUCAACUCUGGAAGACAGCAGAAAUAACAAGGGAAUCUAAAUCUGGUGGCGAUGAAGUUCGAGAAUAUCCUGGAGGAGAUCGACGGUUUUGGGCCUUUCCAAAUCGCCCUCAUCAUCCUGCUGUGCACCCCUCGAAUAGUUCUUCCCUGUCACUUCUUACUGAAUAACUUCAUCGCUGCGCUGCCUCCUCACCGCUGUGACAUCAGCGCACUGCACGACGGAGGACUCUUUGGAAAUUUAACUCAGGAGCAGAGGCUUACAGUCAGCGUUCCUCUGCGAGAAAAUGGGGAACCGAAAUCCUGUGAGAUGUUUGCAGAGCCUCAGUUUCAGCUCUUGGAUAACGACUCCAACGCCGCUGACCUGCCAACAGUUCAGUGCCAGAAUGGAUGGGUUUAUGACAACUCCUCCUUCACCUCCACACUGGCAACAGAGUGGGACCUUGUCUGUGAUAGAAAAAGUCUGACAAAAACCACAAGCACAAUCUUCUUUUUUGGAGUGAUGAUCGGGGCCAUAGUUUUUGGAUUCCUCUGCGAUAAGUACGGAAGGAAAAACACUCUUCUGGCCUCGUACAUCAUGGCGAUCGUCUUUGGCUUCUCCAGCGCCUUCGCAAACUCUUUCAUUCUGUUUGCAGUGUUGAGAUUUCUCACUGGCUUUGGACUGACCGGAAUCAGCAUCAACUCAAUAGUUCUCAGCAUUGAGUGGGUCGACACAAGUCAUAGGUCGUUUAUCGGUGUGAUCGGUAGCUUGGCCUGGUCUGCAGGUAACAUGCUGCUGGCUGGAUUUGCCUUCCUGGUAAAUGACUGGCGGACACUGAUCAUGACUGUUACAGCCCCGUUAGGAUUUGCAGUUCUGACCUGGUGGUGGAUUCCUGAAUCCGCCCGAUGGCUUUUAGCCAACGGCAAAGUGGAACAAGCUCAGUUUUACCUUGAACAAUGUUCAAAAUUCAACAAAAGACAAAAACUGUCAUCCAAAUUAAAAAUGGAGACACAAUCCAGCAUGAAAAGCCUGGAAAAACAGGAGAAAAACUACACUUACCUUCAUCUAAUCAAGACCCCGGAGAUGAGACGGUUAACUCUACUGACUGGAAUUGUCUGGUAUGGUGUUGCCUCAACGUAUUAUGGAAUCAGCCUGAACAUCAGUGGAUUUGGUUUAGACAUGUACCUCACACACUUCAUCUAUGCCGCCAUCGAAGUCCCUGCCAAGCUGAUGAUCUAUUGCUUUCUCAACAUCAUCGGGCGCAGGAAGUGCCAAGCUGGAACACUGUUACUGACGGGAAUCUGCAUUGCCAUAAACAUCUUUAUCCCAGAAGGUCUUUGGCACCUGCGUGCUGUUGUUGCCAUUCUUGGAAAAGGUCUAUCAGAGGCUUCCUUCACGACAAUCUUCCUCUACACAACAGAACUUUAUCCCACAGUCAUCAGACAAAAUGGUCUGGGCUACACCAACUUCAUGAGUCGUCUGGGAAUAUCAGUGGCUCCGCUCGUCCUGAUGCUGGAGGACGUGUGGACUGUUCUUCCUCAGAUCAUCAUCUGCUCUGUGGCCAUCAUUUCUGGCCUGAUGUCUCUGCUGCUCCCAGAGACAGUGAACAAGAGGCUGCCAGAGACAAUUGAUGACGUUGAAAAGCCGAGGAGAAAUGACAUCUCCUCUCACUCUGUGGAAUCUUCAGGUGUUUUGCUGGAGCUAAAGGGCACAACAGAGACGAAGCAGUGACAAGACAAGCAACACAAUUAACUUAUGCUUUAUGCACACCACACAAAACUGCCAUGACCAAACUGCUGUUUCCAAAUGAAGAAGAAGUGAACGCACGUCUUGUCUUCUGUGCUAUUUGUAAGAAAACUCUCAUGUAGUGUGACCAAGUGGCGACCUCUGUAGCUGUGAAUUACAGUUCCUCAAACGUCCACUUGAGGAAGUGAAGUCAGUCUCCACGAGUCCCCAUACUGAAAUGGACCAACUUCACAGCAGAAAUAAACAUGUUUACAGCCUGGUCAUUUUUUUAUGUUAAAUGGGUCAUUUCAGUAGGCAGUGACAAAGAUGGUUUAUCCUCUGUACUAUGGCCGGUUUUUGCAGAGGCUCGACGGGCUCAGCUCUGCUCCGUCAGACUGAAUGAACUUUGCAUUUUGAUCGAGGAGGAUGGAGGAUUUAUUUAUCGAUGCACUCGUCAUGACACGAUGCCGGCUCAGUUCUGAAGAAGCUGUCCUCUCUGCCCCACAGUGCCACAGCUACUCUGCAUCUGUAAAUGAUCAUUAGCCUGCAAACAAGGAAAUACAUUUAUCCUUAGUGCCCCGACGUUGUUACCUCACACUGUAGAGGCGUCUUCAGCAACCUCCGCGGCUCUGAAAUGAAGCCAGUGAACAAGUGUCAAAAUGUGCAGUUCCUCAAACGUCCACUUGAGGCUGGCCGAGCUUCACAAUGGCCCUUCAGAAACAUGUGGGUGAUGUCACAGAUACUAUAUCCAUGUUUUAUGUUUGUGACAAGCUGGAUUUCAUAAACUGUACAUCAUUGGUAGCACCCAUCAACUCACCGAUUGCAUGUUGGCCUAUUAUCGUGAGGACAUAUAGAGAGGGGACAGCUUCCUUACCAUGCAACAACAAGCGUAAUAAAAAAUCCUCCUCCUUCAUCAAACUACAAAAAAACUUUGGACACAAACACAUUUUCUCUCCACUGCCUGGACCGAUCAUCCAUGAAUUAAAUCCUCCACAUCACAAAAUACAAACACUUCAUCAUGGUUCAUCUACGGCUGGUUUUUAUUUGAUCUAAAUGAUAAAAAAUAUAUUUUUGUGUGUUUUUGUUUGUGUCAGACGCCGCUCAGUGCAGUGUAAUGGAAUAAUAUGUUAUACUUUUUUCACAUGAAAUGAACUGAAACUGUUAACUGGCUGUAUUAAAACGUUGCAUUGCUGAGUCACAUAAAAACAGCUGAACUGAUGCAAAUUUAACCAAUAAUACAUUUCAAGUGGCAAAGUUUGAAGUAAGUUUUGAACCACAUUAAUAACUCCACAUAAAUAAUAAAAUAUAAAUAAGAUGAUAAAUAAUUUAUCAUGACAAAAACAUUGAACAUUGUGUACAGGUGCAAUAAAUGUCCAAAUAAAGUGCAUGUAGCAGAGUAAAAAUCAAGAUCUGUUAAUGUGCAAUUGUAUUGUAAUUGAAUACAAACUGAUGGUGCUCCUGAGGUCCUGAGAAAUGCUUACUCUCCUUACAUCAUAUAUUUUUUUUACA